AUGGGAGAAUACAACACGAAGACGAGGGUGAUCCUAGUCGGCGUCGGAGGCGCAACGUGCUCAGGGAAGACGACGCUCGCCAAACACCUCAAGCGGAUCCUGCCUGACAGCGUCAUCAUCCACCAAGACGAUUUUGCUCCUCCUCAAGAGCUCGUCCCCGUGCACCCCAUCCACAACGUCCAAGACUGGGACGCCCCCGCUGGCGCGAUCUCCUGGGACCGCCUCAUCCAGUUCCUGCGGCACGUCAAGCAGACGGGCGAGAUCCCGCCUGACCACCGGAGUCAUGACCACCUGAACGAGCAGAAGGAGGUCAGAGUCGACGACGAGGUAAGGGACCGGUGGGUGAGAGAGUUCGAGCGGCUGAAGAAGGAGAGAGGGGAGAAGGGAGAGAAGAUCGUGUGGGGCCUGGUGGAUGGGUUUUUGCUUUAUUGGCAUAAGGAAGUGAUAGAUCAGCUCGACGUGCGCAUAAUGCUGCGUGUGCCGCAUGAUGUUUUGAAGCAGCGUCGGCACGAGCGACACGGAUAUCACACUGCUGAGGGGGCGCUGUGGAGGGACCCACCGUUAUACUGGGAGCAGAUUGUGUACCCGGCGUAUCUUGAGGCUCAUGAAGAGGUCUUUGAGAACGGGGACGUAGAGAAUGGGAAGCCGACGGAUAAGGUGAAGGACCUAAUCCUUUUGGACUCGCUCGAUAUCUCGAUGACGGAGGCGGUCGAACGCUGCUGUGCAGUAUUGAAGACGGUUGAAUUGGAGAACGUUUAG